AAGUUGUAUAUACAAAACAAAUAAUCUGCUUUACGUUGCUCUUCAGCUCUGCGUAAUCGUCUUCCACAACAGCCUUUGCUUGAGAUAUUUUCCCUCUCCCUGCGAUCCUAUUCUCGUCGAAUCCAUGCCCGUGUAAUCCAGGAAUCCAGUUCCAGGAUUUAAGCGCAGCCAUUCUCUCACAUCUCCGCUGAGCUCUCACAGAGAGAAAUCUCUCAGCCGCGGGCCGCUCUCUCUCCGGCUGGAACGGGACUCAACAAAUCCGAAGACGCUCAAAGGACUGAAAUAAAUAAAGAGGACUGUAUUUGUUUGUUUAUUUUUUUGGCUUAUUUUUAUUUAGGCUCUUUUGCAGUAGUUGCGUUGCGAACAGGUCCGCGUCCCCUUGCUCUCCUCCAGCAGGACGGACGGAAGGACGGACUCUCUCUCUCCGUACCCGCAUCUUUUCAUCCCGGCACGGCGGAGCGCAGGACUGAGCCCGGCAUUGCGGGAAUGUGAGCGCUCACACUCAGAUAAAGAAGGCUCGGAUGAGCGGAGCAUGUGUGCGUUGUGCGUUGGAGACGCGCUGCUCCAAAUCAAAGACCUUCUUGUAAUUACCUCAACUGAUUAAUUAACUUUACGCCUGAUUUUUCUUCAACUACCCGCUCACUCACUCAAGGCUCGGAGGUCAAUGAUGGUUAUCUCUCAGAGUGACUUCCCCGGAUCGUUGUGACUACAGUGAUUUCGACCCAGACAUGUGGAAAGCAGAAAGUACAGUCCGAGCCAGGAUGGGCUGCUCUGAAUGGAGGUCUUUGGUCCUCUGUGGCCUUGUAUUCGUCUUGACGGUUGUACAGAGUUCUGACGGGUUUAGCCGGGCAGCCAUGCCAUUUGGCCUGGUGAGGCGGGAGCUGUCAUGUGAGGGUUAUCCCAUCGACCUACGCUGUCCAGGAAGUGAUGUCAUCAUGAUCGAGACUGCUAAUUACGGUCGGACAGACGACAAGAUCUGCGAUGCUGACCCCUUUCAAAUGGAGAACAUCAACUGCUAUCUGCCUGAUGCGUUCAAGAUCAUGUCCCAAAGGUGUAACAACAGAACACAAUGCAUCGUCAUCACUGGACCAGAUGUUUUUCCCGACCCUUGCCCAGGAACUUAUAAGUACCUUGAAGUCCAGUAUGAAUGCGUUCCCUACAUUUUUGUUUGUCCUGGAACUCUGAAAGCGGUUGGAGAUCCGUCGUUUCUAUACGAAGCGGAGCAACAAGCGGGGUCGUGGUGCAAAGACCCUCUCCAGGCUGGGGACAAGGUUUAUUUCAUGCCCUGGACCCCUUACAGAACAGAUACACUUAUCGAAUACAACUCGCUCGAUGAUUUUCAAAACUCUCGACAGACUACGACGUAUAAACUACCCCAUCGGGUCGAUGGCACAGGAUUUGUGGUAUAUGACGGAGCGGUAUUUUUUAACAAGGAGAGGACACGUAACAUUGUCAAAUUUGACCUUCGGACCAGAAUUAAAAGUGGGGAGGCGAUUAUAAAUAAUGCAAACUAUCAUGACACUUCGCCGUAUAAGUGGGGUGGGAAAACAGACAUUGACUUGGCGGUAGAUGAAAAUGGCCUCUGGGUGAUCUACGCCACCGAACAAAACAACGGUAUGAUGGUGAUCAGCCAGCUCAACCCCUACACCCUCCGCUUUGAGGCCACCUGGGAGACCACGUACGACAAGAGGUCGGCCUCCAACGCUUUUAUGAUCUGCGGAGUUCUCUAUGUGGUUCGAUCCACCUACGAAGACAACGAAAGUGAGGUCAGCAAGAGCCUGAUUGACUACAUGUACAACACCAAACUGAACCGAGGCGAAUACGUCGACAUCCAUUUCCCCAACCAGUACCAGUACAUAGCCGCUGUGGAGUACAACCCCAGAGACAACCAACUCUACGUGUGGAAUAACUUCUACAUUCUGCGCUACAAUCUGGUGUUUGGGCCACCUGAUCCAGCUCACGCCCCACCUAUAUCAGAAGCAUCCACAUCACCAAAGUUGCUCAAACCAACAACCACUACCACAACCACUACUCAGCCCAAGGGCCAAGUGACUACUAUCACUACUACCGGGACCAGAGCUGUUAAUAAGACCCCCAAAUCACCACCUGUACUUCCCCAAACCACCACGCCACCCUCACUGGAGUCGUUUCCUCCACCUGAGCGCUUCUGCGAGAGCGUAGAGCUUAGGGACAUACUGUGGCCGCAGACGCAGAGGGGCAUGCUGGUGGAACGACCCUGCCCCAAAGGAACUCGAGGCACUGCCUCCUACCUCUGUGUUCUCUCCACUGGGACCUGGAACCCAAAAGGCCCAGAUCUGAGCAACUGUACAUCCCACUGGGUAAAUCAAGUCGCACAAAAGAUCCGGAGUGGAGAAAACGCAGCCAACCUGGCGAACGAGCUGGCCAAACAUACCAAAGGAGCCAUCUUUGCUGGUGACAUUAGCUCUACCAUGAGGCUCAUGGAGCAGCUGGUGGAUAUUCUAGAUGCUCAGUUACAGGAACUGCGACCCAGCGAGAAAGACUCCACCGGCCGCAGCUUCAAUAAGCUUCAAAAGCGAGAAAGGACGUGCAGGGCAUAUAUGAAGGCUAUCGUGGAUACAGUCGACAACCUCCUCAGACCGGAGGCUCUGAAAUCGUGGCGAGAUAUGAAUACCACGGAGCAGACGCACGCCGCAACCAUGUUACUGGACACCCUGGAGGAAGGAGCCUUUGUCCUUGCUGACAAUUUAAUGGAACCGGCCAUUGUGAAAGUACCAGCCAGUAAUAUAAUUCUGGAUGUUUACGUGCUGAGCACAGAUGGGCAGGUUCAAGAUUUCAGGUUUCCCCAGAGUGGCAGGGGUGGUAUUUCUAUCCAAUUGUCUUCCAAUACGGUGAAACUCAACAGUCGUAAUGGUGUUGCCAAGUUGGUUUUCGCUCUUUAUAAGAACCUGGGGCAGUUUCUAAGCACGGAGAACGCAACAAUGAAACUCAGCCAGGAGGUCAACGGACGCAACCUCUCGGUGGCUGUGAAUUCUGACGUCAUCGCUGCAUCAAUAAACAAAGAAUCCAGUCGUGUAUUUAUAUCGGAGCCUGUGAUUUUCACCCUGGAGCACAUCGACAUGCAGCAUUACUAUAACUCCAACUGCUCAUUCUGGAACUACUCUGAGAGAACCAUGAUGGGAUACUGGUCCACUCAGGGCUGCAAACUCAUCCACGCCAAUAAAAGUCACACCACAUGCUCCUGUAGUCAUCUCACCAACUUUGCCGUGCUCAUGGCUCAUCGAGAGCUGCUGGGUGCCGACAAAGUCCAGGAGCUGUUGCUGAGUGUUAUCAGUCGUGUGGGUAUUGUAGUAUCCCUCAUCUGCCUGGCCAUGAGCAUCUUCACCUUCUGUUUUUUCCGUGGACUGCAAAGUGACAGGAACACAAUCCACAAGAACCUGUGCAUCAAUCUUUUCAUAGCUGAGCUCAUCUUCCUCAUCGGAAUCGACAUGACAGAACCUAAGUUGGCCUGCUCCAUAAUUGCCGGGAUACUGCAUUACUUCUUUUUGGCGUCCUUUGCCUGGAUGUGUCUGGAAGGAGUUCAGCUGUAUCUGAUGCUGGUGGAGGUCUUUGAGAGUGAAUAUUCACGCAGAAAAUAUUUCUACAUGGCAGGAUACCUUCUCCCCGCUGUGGUUGUGGGAGUGUCUGCUGCUGUAGACUUCAGGAGCUACGGGACCAAGAAAGCAUGCUGGCUCAGGAUGGACAAUCACUUUAUCUGGAGUUUCAUUGGACCCGUCACCUUCAUUAUUAUGCUCAAUCUCAUCUUCCUGCUCAUCACGAUGUACAAAAUGAUGAAACACUCUACAUCGCUGAAACCCGAUUCCAGCCGGCUGGAGCACAUCAAGUCGUGGGUCAUGGGCGGCUUCGCUCUGCUGUGUCUCUUGGGCCUGACCUGGUCAUUUGGUUUGUUCUUCAUCAGCGAGUCCUCCGUCGUCUUAGCAUACCUCUUCACCAUUUUCAACACUUUUCAAGGCAUGUUUAUCUUCACCUUCCACUGCCUCCUUCAAAAGAAAGUACGGCGAGAGUACAGCAAAUGCCUCCGACACACGUACUGCUGUAGCAGGAUCACGACAGAGAGCUCGCACAGUUCAACAAAGACCUCGACAACACGGACAAGCGCUCGCUACUCUUCUGGUACUCAGAGUCGAAUCAGGAGAAUGUGGAAUGACACAGUCAGAAAACAGUCUGAGUCCUCUUUCAUCUCAGGAGAUAUCAACAGCACAUCAACCCUCAACCAAGGAAUGACGGGCAAUUAUCUUCUUACUAACCCUCUUCUGAGACCACAAGGCACUAAUAACCCCUACAACACCUUACUGGCUGAAACUAUCGUAUGUAACACACCAACGGUGCCAGUCUUUCACUCUCCAGUGACCUACAGAGAGACAAGACACUCGGUGACCAGCGGCAGAGAUACGAACACGUUCGGUACUCUACCACUCAACGGCAACUUUAAUAACAGCUACUCACUCCAUAACUACAGCGACGGCAUGCAGGUGGUGGACUGCGGGCUCAGUCUCAACGACACGGCCUUUGAGAAGAUGAUCAUCUCCGAGCUUGUGCACAACAACCUCAGGGCCGCCGAGACCCGGAUCGGUACCAAAAAGGGGGCAGGGAUUAGCAGAGGGGAGGAGCCUGUGGUUGCAGAGACGUCCUCCCUGGUGCAGGUGGGCGGUGACAGUGAGAUGGAGAGACUGGGGCUGCAUCACACGCAUCCCCGCACACUCGAAGCCCCCCUAAUCCCCCAGCGAACUCACUCGCUCCUGUACCACACGCAGGAGAGAGCGAGGCCUGAAGUGGAGGUUUCACAUCCCCAGAGCUACAUAGGCCAGCUCCCACCUCCGGCUGAAACUGCCCUGCCUUCCCCCAACAGAGACUCGGUGUACACCAGCAUGCCAAACCUCAGAGACUCGCCGUUUUCGGAAAGCAGCCUAGACAUCAUCCAGGAUCUCUCGCCAUCCAAAAACAGUCCGAACGAAGACGUUUACUACAAAAGCAUGCCCAACCUGGGAUCAGGCCAGCAGCUGCACGCGUAUUAUCAGAUGAGCAGAGACAGUAGCGAGGGCCUCAUCAUCCCCGUCUCUAAAGACGCCUGUGUCCCCGAGGGGGACGUACGAGAGGGACAAAUGCAGCUGGUCACAAGCCUUUAAAAACUAUAAGCACCGCCCACCAUGUACACAGCCCCGUCCAUCCACCGAUGGCAGAGUGGUCUUCCCUUUUUUAGCCUCCCACAUAACUGCACACAUAAUGGAGAAGUACCGCUGCUGUUCAAUGAGUUACAUUCAGGCCCAGAUGGAAUCUGCAAACUUUUCCUUGCGUUAGCUCUCCUGAUUGUUAGCAGUGGAAUGAAAAUGAUGGUAAAACACAAAGCUUUUCCCUUGUUUUUCAGUGAAAAAAAUGUCUACACCUCCUUUGAACAAGUUUACUUGAGCAGUCAGAGAUUAAUUUAAGAAACAUUUUAAUACCAUCUCAAAGCAAAGACCUGUUUUUCUCAAAUAAAUAUGGUUUUGCUGGAAAACAAGGAAGAAUGUUAAGAUCAUUUUCAUUUGUAUUGGUUGCUGAGUGUAAUCAAAAAUCAAAUUAGCCACAAUUAUUCAAUAAAUAAACAUACAAGUGUCAGAUUAUAUGUACAGUAGAACUUUGUGAAUGGGGGAUUUCCAGUUUUAUGCCGAAAUCUGUGGUGUUCUGAAGUUGUAGAUUCUGUAUGGGCCUGGUUACAGUAAUACAAUUUCACAUAAAAAAAAUAAAUAAAGCCAAAAAAAAGUCUUUCUCGUUCCAGUGCAUACAUUUCUCAAAGGAUGUACAUAUUUGUUCACAUAUUUCUCUUUUGAAUGCAGUUUCUUUUUUUAUUAUUAUUAUUAUUAUAUACAAAAAUGGAAUUUCCAGGACAUUGUCCUGAUUGAACUGAAGCAUUUCUUUUGACACCCUUUACAAUCAUCAACAAAAUCCCAUGUGACCACUAGCAAACAAACCCCAGGCCUUAUAUUUUCUCAAUCUGACAUGAACUGUCAAGGUUAAUGAUAUAACAUAGAACAAUAUAUUUUGUUGUAUUGAUUGUGUAAAAAUAAAUUGAGAUAAAAUUAUAACAACCAUAAAUAUAAAGCAAAUGAUUUUCGAAAUGAGAUGACUAUGUAAAAAGUGUGUUUAUGAUGAUGGAAUCAGUGGGUAACUACAGGUACGCUGCGAAAGAUAUCUGUCGUGUUCAUUAAAAAAAUGGAUUUGCCACUUCAGAUCAAUGAGUGUUAGUGGAUUCUGAUGUUCUUGUGCCUUGCACAUAUUAAUUUUGUGCAAAGCAUGAACAGGAGAUUUUUUUAAAGACGUAUUACUGCAGUCGGGGUUGGAUAUUUAUUUAUUAAAUUAUUCUUUAAAAAAAAAAACUUUUUGUGAAUAUUUUACAGCACUGGUCGACGUAGUUCAUCCUCGUACGCAUAAUUAAGGAACCAAUCUCUGAUAAACAUGUUAAGGAGCCCAUCGGUACAAAGGAUGUAAAGUUCUACACUUGUUUAACAAUAAAUAAAUGUGAAUUUUUUGUCUAA